UGAAAAAAUUGCGGGCACUUCGGUGCCAGGCUGGCGAUCCGUGCAUCCCUGUAUCUACGGGCCACAAUACUCAACCAAUUGCUAUAUAUACACUUCUCUCUUUGUCUUCCACCCAAGGCGAGAAUUUCUGUGGGUUGGAGUCUAGAGUUUUCAGAGAAUUGAGAGUUAAUUAGGGUUACGUAACUAAGAAUGAGUUCAAGCGGCGCGGGUGCAGGGAAGGGCGGCGCCGGCAGAGGCAAGCCGAAAGCCACGAAGUCGGUGUCUCGAUCUUCUAAGGCGGGGCUCCAGUUCCCGGUCGGCAGAAUCGCGCGAUUCCUCAAGGCUGGAAAGUACGCCGAGCGUGUUGGUGGUGGAGCUCCGGUUUAUCUCGCUGCUGUUCUUGAAUAUCUCGCUGCUGAGGUGUUGGAAUUGGCUGGGAAUGCAGCAAGGGACAACAAGAAGAAUCGCAUAGUGCCAAGGCACAUUCAAUUGGCUGUGAGGAAUGAUGAAGAGCUUAGCAAGCUUCUGGGUGAUGUGACUAUUGCCAAUGGGGGUGUUUUGCCCAAUAUCCAUCAAACUUUGCUGCCAAAGAAGGCUGGCUCUGGAAAGGGUGAAAUUGGCUCUGCUUCUCAGGAGUUUUAGGGUUUUUUAGUGGAGGUGAAAAUGGAACUUUAUGUAUAUUAGCUAGCUGCUGCUAUUGAGUGGUUUGAAAUCAAGAAAUGCAAUGAAAUUGCAAUUUUGGCUCGUUCUCAAAUCUGAUUAGUGUUCAUGGAGGUGCCUUUUGUUUGG